UGCGGUUGGAGUGUGAGAGGGUCGCGGCCGCGAUGAUCUGACAGAUGAAAUAGCGAGGAAAAAAAAGAAAAGAAAGAGAAGGCGGUCGUCCUCCCACACAAAACAAUGUUCCCCAAAGGCAAAGGCUCCCCGGUGCCGUCGGACGGCCAAGCACGAGAAAAGUUGGCUUUGUACGUCUACGAGUAUUUGUUGCACAUAGGAGCUCAGAAGUCUGCACAGACCUUUUUAUCAGAGAUCCGAUGGGAGAAAAACAUAACACUUGGAGAACCCCCUGGAUUCCUACAUUCCUGGUGGUGUGUAUUCUGGGACUUGUAUUGUGCUGCACCAGAGAGGAGAGAGUCAUGUGACCACUCCAGCGAAGCGAAAGCCUUCCAUGAUUACAGCGCGGCAGCAGCCCCCAGUCCUGUGAUGGGAGCGAUGCCCCCCAGUGAGGGCAAGCCGGGAGGACCCAUGCCACCCGGCUUUUUCCAGGGUCCUGCUGGUGCCCAGGGCUCUCCUCACCCCCAGCCUCCUCCCGCUAACAGUAUGAUGGGACCUCACAGUCAGUCCUUCAUGUCGCCUCGCUUCCCCGGAGGCCCAAGAGGUCCCCCCAUCAGGAUGCCCAACCAGCCACCAGGCGGAGGACCGGGUCCUCAUCCCAUGCUGCCCAACAUGGACCCAACACGGCCUCAGGGUGCGCCUCAGUGCUGCGUUUCAACGAACACCAAAUGCCAUCCUAACUUGGGGCCAAUGCAGAGAAUGAGCGGCCCUCGAGGCAUGGGACCAAUGGGGCCCGGCCCUCAGAACUUUGGUGGCGGGAUGAGGCCUCCACACAACUCCGUGGGUCCUGGUAUGCCGGGAGCGAACAUGGGCCCAGGGACUGGUCGGCCAUGGCCCAAUCCCAACAAUGCCAACUCUAUGCCUUACUCAUCACCCUCUCCCGGUGCAUACGGGGGUGCAUCUGGAGGUGGGGGGCCCCCAGGAACUCCCAUCAUGCCCAGCCCUGCAGACUCAAACAACUCUGGUGACAAUUUGUACACCAUGAUCAACACUGGACCCGGCAACCGAAAUAAUUUCCCUAUGGGCCCCGGCUCUGAUGGACCCCUGGGAGCCAUGGCCGGGAUGGAACCACACCACAUGAACGGGUCACUAGGCUCUGGUGAUUUGGAUGGAAUGAACAAGAAUUCCCCAAACAAUUUAAGUGGCAUUAGCAAUCCUCCCGGCACCCCGAGGGAUGACGGGGAGCUGAGUGGAAACUUCCUCCACUCUUUUCAGAGCGAGAACUACUCUCCAACCAUGACCAUGAGUGUGUGACCUCCCCUCCACCCCCUCCCAGCAUUAUUUGCCAUCAUUCCGAGGAUCUGGACUCACCAUAUAGGACACGGCCAAACACAUCAGCACCGAAUCAGGGACAGGCGCCAUUUUUGGUUCCACGCUAACGCCAGAAUGCUGAUCGGAGGGGGAAACAACCGAAUCUAAAUGGCUGGCGACUACUGCUCCUUGCUCAAAAAUGAAGGACAAUUUCUCCCAUUUAUCACAACCCCCCCCAAGUGUGACGAAAACCAGCUACUGAAAUGCAUACAUGACACGUUUUAUGUUUUUUGCAGAGCGCCCAUAAUCCCCCUCGGCCCCUCUCAACCCUAGAGCGAAGAGAUACAGAGAGAGAGUGAAAAAAAAAAAAACAUGGUUGAAGUUGACCUCUUGUACUUUUAAUUUUUAAUUUUUUGCUUUGUGGUGCAAGAUGUGCAGGAAAUGUCUCCGCUUUUGGUCCCUUAAAACACUGGAGAGUGUGCAUAUGCAUUGUGAGCUUGGAACGUCUUUGUCUUUGUCGUUUUACUUCUCGCCAUGCGUACCGUGUCACAGUUUGACAUAGGAUUCAGAAUUUGCCUUUUACUCUGGCCACUUUUAUGAAUAACGUACUAUCCUACCCAAUGUCCUCCCUUCUAUUUAAAGAUGUUUGUGUCCGUGGGGGGAGGGGAGACUUGAAAGAUUACGGCUUUUUAUCGCGACGACCUUUCGCGGGAUCCAAGUGCUCAGAGGGUCCUCACAAUGUCCGAUUCGUCCCGUUUGAUCCAUUUCCAGUCUUAUCGUCGACAGCGGUGCGAUUCUGCGCUCUUGGCUGUUUUUAAAAUUAUUUUUUCUUUAAACGGUCGCAUUCCUUCGUGGGGGGGGGGGACCCAGACUUCGGCAUAAGAAGCGAGCGCAUGAAUGCUGAGAAUCUUGUGUACAACAUACUACCUAGUGCUGCUCUUCUCUCUGUGGACGCCGGCUUUACGAUGCGGUGUGUAUCUCUUUACCCGUCUGUGCUUAACACCCUGUGCUCCCCGUCGUCGUAGCCUUCCCGUGUUCUCUCCAGUCGCGUUGAUCGACGAUGAACUGGCGGCGAACGAGCGGCCCAUCUGAACCUCUCGUACGCAUCGGUCGUUCACGCUUCCCUCCCGUGUCAUCGGUCGCCCCCCUCCUCCUUCCCCCUCACACAUUUUUUUUUAUAUUUUGAUACGAUCUUUGACUACAUAUAUUGCCCCAGUUAUUCAGUUAGUCAAAGCUUUCUAAACCAAUUCUAGUAGACAUCAUUAUAAACUUAGCAGCAGUCUUGUAAAUGUGAUGAGAAUUAUUUCUUUUUUUUCUUUCUCUCCUGUGAACAUGACGCAUUAUACACAUCUGUUUCUAUGUUGCCUUUAUUUGCUGAUAUUUUUUUAUUUCAAAUUGAGGAAAGAUUGCUUGUUAAUAUAAUUUUACAAUAACUUAA